AUGUGUUUGGAGCAGCUAGAGAGCAUCAUCACCAUCAUCAUCAUCAUCAUCAUCAUCUACAUGUGUUUGGAGCAGCUAGAGAGCAUCAUCAUCAUCAUCAUCAUCAUCAUCAUCAUCAUCGGAGUGCUCACUGUGCCAAGGGCAUCAGUCCUCUUCAACAAGCACAAGCCAUGGAUCGAGACAUCGUAUCAUGGAGUCAUUACUGAGAACAAUGAUACAGUCAUUUUGGACCCACCGCUGGUAGCCCUGGACAAAGACGCCCCAGUUCCUUUUGCAGGGGAGAUUUGUGCGUUCAAGAUCCACGGCCAGGAGCUGCCCUUUGAGGCCGUGGUGCUCAACAAGACAUCGGGAGAGGGCCGGCUCCGUGCCAAGAGCCCUAUCGACUGUGAGCUGCAGAAGGAGUACACAUUCAUCAUCCAGGCCUACGACUGUGGCGCGGGGCCCCGGGAGACAGCCUGGAAGAAGUCACACAAGGCCGUGGUCCAUAUCCAGGUGAAGGACGUCAAUGAGUUUGCUCCCGCCUUCAAAGAGCCCGCCUACAAGGCUGUGGUGACCGAGGGCAAGAUCUACGACAGCAUCCUACAGGUGGAGGCCGUCGAUGAGGACUGCUCCCCCCAGUACAGCCAGAUCUGCAACUAUGAAAUUGUCACCACCGAUGUCCCUUUUGCCAUUGACAGAAAUGGCAACAUCAGGAACACGGAGAAGCUGAGCUAUGACAAGCAGCACCAGUACGAGAUCCUGGUGACCGCCUACGACUGUGGCCAGAAGCCUGCCGCUCAGGACACCCUGGUGCAGGUGGACGUGAAGCCAGUGUGCAAGCCUGGCUGGCAAGACUGGACCAAGAGGAUCGAGUACCAGCCUGGCUCGGGGAGUGUGCCCCUGUUCCCCAGCAUCCACCUGGAGACGUGCGAUGGGGCCUUGUCCUCCAUCCAGAUCACCACGGAGCUGCAGACCAAUUACAUUGGGAAGGGAUGUGACCGGGAGACCUACUCGGAGAAAUCCCUUCAGAAACUAUGUGGAGCCUCCUCUGGCAUCAUUGACCUCCUGCCGUCCCCCAGCGCUGCCUCGAACUGGACUGCGGGACUGCUGGUGGACAGCAGCGAGAUGAUCUUCAAGUUUGACGGCAGGCAGGGUGCCAAGGUCCCUGACGGGAUUGUGCCCAAGAACUUGACGGACCAGUUCACCAUCACCAUGUGGAUGAAACACGGCCCCAGCCCCGGCGUGAGAGCCGAGAAGGAAACCAUCCUCUGCAACUCAGACAAGACUGAAAUGAACCGGCACCACUACGCCCUAUAUGUGCACAACUGCCGCCUGGUCUUCCUCCUGCGGAAGGACUUCGACCAGGCCGACACCUUCCGCCCGGCCGAGUUCCACUGGAAGCUGGACCAGAUUUGUGACAAAGAGUGGCAUUACUAUGUCAUCAAUGUGGAGUUUCCUGUGGUUACCUUAUACAUGGAUGGAGCAACAUAUGAACCUUACCUGGUGACCAACGAUUGGCCCAUUCAUCCAUCGCACAUAGCCAUGCAACUUACGGUCGGCGCAUGUUGGCAAGGAGGAGAAGUCACCAAGCCGCGGUUUGCCCAGUUCUUCCACGGCAGCCUGGCCAGUCUCACCAUCCGCCCUGGAAAGAUGGAGAGUCAGAAGGUGAUUUCCUGCCUGCAGGCCUGCAAGGAAGGGCUGGAUAUCAAUUCCCUGGAAAGCCUCGGCCAAGGAAUAAAGUAUCACUUCAACCCCUCGCAGUCCGUCCUGGUGAUGGAAGGUGACGACAUCGGGAACAUCAACCGCGCCCUGCAGAAGGUCUCCUACAUCAACUCCAGGCAGUUCCCCACCGCGGGUGUGCGGCGCCUCAAAGUCUCGUCCAAAGUCCAGUGCUUUGGAGAAGACGUGUGCAUCAGCAUCCCCGACAUGGACGCCUACGUGAUGGUGCUGCAGGCCAUGGAGCCCCAGAUCACCCUCCACGGCACGGACCGCCUCUGGAGACCCGCCGCCCAGUUCCAAAGUGCCCGAGGCGUGACCCUCUUCCCCGACAUCAAGAUCGUGAGCACCUUCGCCAAAGCCGAGGCCCCAGGUGACUUGAAGCCCACAGCCCCCAAAUCAGCAGUCUUAGAGGAAAUGCUUCACAACUUAGAUUUCUGUGACAUUUUGGUGCUGGGAGGGGACUUGGAUCCAAGACAGGAGUGCUUGGAGCUUAACCACAGUGAGCUCCACCAGCGCCACCUCGACGCCACCAACUCCACGGCAGGCUACUCCAUCUACGGCGUGGGCUCCAUGAGCCGCUAUGAGCAGGUGCUACGUCACAUCCGCUACCGCAACUGGCGUCCGGCUUCGCUCGAGUCCCGGCGGUUCAGGAUCAAAUGCUCAGAACUCAACGGGCGCUACACCAGCAACGAGUUCAACUUGGAGGUCAGCCUCCUCCAUGAGGUCAGAGUCUCGGACAAUGAGCACGUCAACCACCUCAUCGUGCAGCCUCCCUUCCUCCAGUCCAUCCACCACCCCGAGUCCCAGACUAGCGUCCAGCGCAGUGCAGUGGUCCCGAGCAUUGCCACGGUGGUCGUCAUCAUCUCCGUGUGCAUGCUAGUGUUCGUGGUGGCCAUGGGCGUGCACCGGGUCCGGGUCGCCCACCAGCACUUCACCCAGGAGACCGAGGCUGCCAAGGAGGUUGAGAUGGACUGGGACGACUCUGCGCUCACUAUCACAGUCAACCCCAUGGAGAAACACGAAGCACCAGGACACAGGGAAGAUGAGAUGGAGGAGGAAGUGGAAGAAGACAUCAGCUCCAGCAGCAGCGACUCAGAUGCCAGCGACGAGGAGGAGGUGGAGGGAGGGGCGGGCAGGGGCAGACAAGGGCAGAGCGGAGCCAGGCAAGCCCAGCUGGAGUGGGAUGACUCCACCCUCCCCUACUAGCGCCCCUCCUUCUGUGCCCGCCCACUGUCCCUUUUGUAAGCCACAGCUAAUGUAUGUGAGUCUAUCACUGUCGCCUCCGAUUUCAAUGACACUCUGGGCAGGUCUUCCCCAGCCUCCUGGAACCCGCCCUUCAUGCGUGGGCACUCCCGUGCCCCAGCCCUGGGCUGGUUCCAAGAAGCCCAGCCUCAUCCUCAGUGGGGACUUCGGGGUGGACUGUCCUGCCACGCCCACUGCUCCUGCCCCUGACUCCCGGGUCCUGUCAUCUGCAGAGUUCUGCCUUUGCUCUUCUCUGCAGUCACCUCCCUGGGCUCCGUGUCCCCAAGACCCUGGGGUUCCAACUCACUGUGUGCACCAAACUCAGUUGUCUCUCCACACAGACCAGCGGGUUCUCCUUACCUGACUCUUCCUUUAGGCAGGGUGGUUGGACUUCACACACCUGAGAUCUUGGUCCUCAGCACUUUAAAGGGAAGUCCUUGCUGAGGCGGGAACUAAGUUCACAGGGAGAGGCUCCACACUCAUGCACGCACACACGCUCCCCAGUUUGCAGAGCCUUUCCCUUUGACCUACCUGAGACCAUAUAAGCGUAUGUGCAAAGUCCAAAACCAGGGCCACCAGGCCUGGUCCCAGCCAAUGCUCUCUGAGUCUGCCUGCCUGGGCAGCCGCUGAGACCCACAUGACUUCCCUGCUGGGGGCUCCCACCCCAUGAAACCACGGGAUCCAGGAAGCAUUCCACACAGACCAACAUCUGUGAAAAGCCUGCAGCCAGGGAUCAGAAGGGCUGACGGGGCACCACCAUUGGGCUUCAUGGUGGACACAGAUCUGGGAGACAGGGCAGCCCCAGGUGGACAAGGCUCUCGCCACCCAGUCUUAGGAUCCUUAUCCCCUAUGUCACACUGGUUUGUCUCUUAGGAAAACACAUUCCUCUUGGAUGUGUUAGAACAAGCGUGAACUGCAUCAAGUCUAAAGCAAAAGUUUGAAAAUUUAACUGCUAGGAAUUAGAAACAUUUGCUAUAAUAGCUGCUUCAUUUUCUUUCCAUUAAAAAUAAAGGAGCAGCACUUUGGGUGGAGGGCAAAUAUAACUGAAAACCUAAUUUCUUUUUUUUAAUAAGGAAAUCUCUUCCAUCUCCCUCCUAACAUGGACACCUUGUGGGGAAAACUGUUGCUAUAGUAACUGGUCUGGGAUCUUUUGUGGCCAAGAGAAUAGCAGGCAAGAAGUAGGGCCAUUAGAGGACGUCCGCGAGGCUCGGACGUCUCGGGCUUUGUCCUCGCAUAUGUGAUCUGUCCCUGUCCUCCCAGUCUCCUCCAGCCCACUCCAUAUUGGCUUGGUACAGGCACAGGUCCCUUGUCACAGUGGCAUUCAGAUUCAAAAGUUCAGAAUCUGUUCAUUCUAACAUCCCCCGCCCCCAUUGAAACAGAGCUCCUGACGCUAUGUCAAUGUCCUCUCAUCUGACCUUCACCCAGUGAGGACCCACCGUAAGCCUUUGCAGCCCCUGAUUCCAGAAAACAUCCUUUAUGCAGCCCUUUCCAUCGCCAAAAGUGCUUUUUGCAUCUGUUCCUUCCUCUGAGCCUCGCAAUAAUUCUGUGGUCUCUGCUGUCAGGCACAUUUCCAUUGUGAGUAAACAGAGGUUCGGAGAUUCCAGCAUCUUGCUUAGAGUCAUUCAGAGAGUAGACUAGACUGGACUCUCCACUUUCCACUUCGGGUCCAGUGCCCACCACCCUGAUUCUACGUCUGCUCAUCUUUACCCAGCUAACUGGCAUUGCUAAGGACCUACUAUGUGCUGAGCACUCGCCCAGCAACAGUGGGAAGGAAUGGAGCUGAAUAAGAGAAGCCCCGGGCCUCAGAGGACUUAAUGGUGGCAGAGUAAAGCUAAAGGGCAUGGAAAUGAUACAAGAGGCAGAUGCAGAGGGAGGGAGAGAAGUCACAGGAACAAGAGGGACACGUCCACAAGCUCAACCAGCGCUCUUAUUUUCCCUUAGGGAGAAACGCUGGCAGGAGUUUGGGGUUUUAUAUUCAUUGACUGGAAACAGACACCUCUGUGAAUUCUCCCAACCAAACAGCCUUUUCUCCCCUGCUGUGUCCACACAUCUACAGGGAGAAAGCCUGUAGGACUGCGUAGUCCUCACAUUACCCCCGUCUCCGGGUGGCUGUGUCACUCAUUCAUGGCCGAGUGAGCGGUCUGGGACAUGUCAAAUCUGUGGGGGAGGGAGCAAGGGAUUGUGGCACUUGGCUAGGGAGCAGAGUCAUGGACUAGACUUACAUGCAGAGAAACAACAGGUCAUCAAAGUCCUUUCCGUCAACACCUGCUGAGAAAAGUCACACUGCGCCAGUUCAGAGAGGAGGCACUAGAAAUGGUGCUGCUGGGUCAAAGGCCAUUUGUCAUGUCCCCAGCACCCUACUCAUUACCGCGGUGAGAACAGGAAGGGGCGGUUAUGUAAAAGCAACAGAAGUGUCAGGGAUUAUCCAGGUGAGUGGCGAGUAAUGCCACUUGCCCUCCACCAGAUACUCUGUCCACAGUGGAAAAGGUCAUGGUCAAACCAGCAAUUCCCAGUCUCUCUAUGCUGGCACCCUGGAACCAAACUGCCAGGUGACCUGCACACGCUGUGACCUCUCAUCCAAUGUCACCAGUGGCAGAUGCAGCCUUGAACCCAGGAGGAACAGCUGACUGGUUUGGCCAGCCCAUUGCUUGUCUUUCCAACUCCACCAUCAGGCUCUGCUCUCUGAAGCUUGAAAAUAGGCUAAUGAUACCUCUCCAGUGGUUCAGGUGACGGGGAGGAAGAGGAGGAGGGGUAAGAGGUUGAGAGAGAAAAGGCCAGCACAGAAUGUAUUGCCCUAAUGGAGUAAAGCAAGCAAGGAGCCGGCCACCUGUCUUAAAGAAUGCUAAAAGUACAUAUAUUCUUGUAGGUAUAAUCAAAGGCUAUAAAUCUGACCAAAGCCCAAAUUCAUCUACAUAACAAAAAUGUGACUUCAGUGAGACCUUUUUCCCCAUCACUUUCCUGAAUAUACUCAACCCCAUCCAGCAGGCAUAGGCCACACAUCUGCAAGUAGCAAGGCGGUACCUGAGCACCGGGACCCUCCAGGGAGCGCGCUCCUAGUGGGGAGCAGUGUUCUUUCUCCUCUUCUGUACGUAACACGUAUGGCAGCGCUCCGCAAGCUUUAUCUGUAAAGAGCCAGAAAGGGACUAUUUAGGGGUUUGCAAGCCACGUGGUCUCUGUUGCAAGUAUUCCCCCCGUCCUUGUAGCAUGAAACCAGCCACAGACUUUGCUUAAACAAAUGACUAUGAACACAUUCCAAAAAUAACUUUUAUGAACACUGAAAAUUCAGGCAAAUUUAAUUCAUAUUAUUUUCACAUGUCACGACAUUUUAUUGUUCUUUUCAUUAUGAUUUUCAACCAUUUAAAAUUGGAAAAACUUUCCUGAGCCGACGGGCCAUAUAAAACCGAUAAGGUGGCCAGAUUUGGCCCUUGGGACGUAGUGUGCACACGCCUGCCCUGCGUGUGUGGAAAUGGCUAUCUUAGACCGUCCCUUAAACUACUCAGUGGCCUUUGCCUCUAAAAGGAACCACAGACACACCACGGUGUCUACUUAUGCUGUUUUAAAAGUCUGUCCUAAAGAAAAUGAAAGCAAAAAAACACACGUUACUUGUUGAAUUGACUCAAAUGCAGGUGAGCAUUUGAGCUGAAGGCCCUGGGUCCAGGCACUGACUUACCACUGAGCACUAACCCCACUGAGCUGAGGGCUAACUCCCAGGCUCAUGGCCUUUUCUGCAAGAGGCAGCCCAUCCUGACUUCUAAGCGGGAGUGUUAGUUAUCUCAGGCUGAUUUCCAUUUCAGCCCAGCUCAUGCCAUCGCUCUGAAAGUGAUUCUAAAGACUUGUGACUGUUUGAAUCAAUAGGGAUGUAAUCAGUAGAGAGCCCGACCCAGCACACUUCAAAAUAACAGUAUUCUUGGCUCUAUGGUUCAAUAUUAGCAAGAGGAAGAAAAAAAGGGCUUCUUAACCAUCCCUCGUUUAAAUGAGACACAUCACUUUUUUAAAAAAAAAAAGUGAGGGAAUGGUUCUAAUUCUUUGAAAGGAUUGACCAGUGCAAAGUAGAUGCUUUUCAAGUAAGAUCAUCCUCAGGCCUCUGGGAGACCCUCAAAGCCUCCUGCAGGGUAUUCCGGUGGGCUUCCCGGCGGCACGCGCUCUCUAUCUGCCUCAGAUGUUGAUCGAGGCUGACAAGCCAAAGCCCUGGGCACAGUUUAGUUUUCAUGGAACUGCUUUCCCUUGCCCAGCUUUAGGCAAAGGAAAUGAGCAACGAAAGUGUGAGGUCGGCUCCAGCACCUUCAGUUCCAGGUCUUUGUUUGCGUUCCUUCAUAAAUGUAUUCUGUGCCUGCUUUAAGGGUCUUGCUCUAACUCCUUUUGGCACUGGCUGCAAAGGACAGUUGGCUUUGCCAGGGCUGUGGAUUUGAAGCCACUCUUGACUUUCCCGGGGAGAUAAAAAGGGACAGAAGAACUUACCUCCACCAGCACCGCAGAAAGCUCUCCUGCAUUGCCUGUGAGCUAUCAGUGAACAGAUGGGAUUCUGUGUUUGCAGCUAUGCUCCAUGUAAUUCAGCAAAUCCUUCCUGGGCACCUGGGGUGUGCCAGGCCCUGUGCCAGACAGAGGAAGAGAGGAAGAGUUAGGCAUGUCUCUGCCCAUAAGGAGCUCCUGGUCUUGCAAGCUGUUGGGACGUUUCCUUUGCAGUGUUAAGGGGCUGUCUAGGGGGAGUCGGGACUGUUGGGGACAGAAGUUGGGGGUGGGACCAGGUGGGGUAACUUGCUUUGGCCAUUCUCCAAAGCCAGGUGGUCAGUGUAAUGCUGGGAGCCCUGACGCACAUCGCUGGGCCAGCUGAGGCGCUCCCCGGGGAAGCAGGCCAUGCUGCCCUGUGUUUCAGACUCAUUCACGGGGUUGAAAUAACUUGGCUGAGAGUCAGUGACACUAGGCGGGAAUUAGGAAGGGUGACCAGGUCCAGGGCUGGCAAGACCCAAGGCCAGAAGCCACCUGACAGGAAGGAGCAGCUCUGAGUCCCCACGUUGUAGCUGAGGAGGAAAAGAGGACCCGACUCCCGAGGACCUUUUGGGGGUUCACACUGGACCCUGUGGAGCAGAGGCUCUGAAAGCGCGUGCCUGGGCGGCAGCAGCAGCUCCACCAAGACCUACUGAGUGGGAAAUCCCGGGGUGGGGCCCAGCCAUCCGAGUUUUAAGGAGCUCUCGGGUUCUGAUGCCCACUAAGGUUUGAGGACCACUGACACAGGAUGAGGAGAGUGACUUAAGCUGGCUUUGGGAAGAAAGGACCAUUAGCAAGAUAAAACGCUCAACCACUAGUGUGGUGAGGAGAGGGGCCUGCUAGGCUCCAGGGCACACUUCCGGAGGCGGGGUUUCACAGAACCCUGGUCCUAGUCCCAGUCCCAAGCCUCCCCUUGGGCAGGACCCGCUUCCUGCUGGUCUGGCCCCUUUCCUCCUGGCAAGGCUGUCGUGAGGCCACCCAGCUCCCUCCUCAAGGGCUGCACUUUAGGGGAACAAUGAAGCUGCAGCAAUGACCCUGCAUUGCCAGGAGAACUGCUCUCUGUGCUGCUGGAGCCUGGCAGACUGGGCAUGGUCACCUAAGGACACUGCAGGUUGCUGCAGUGCUGCUCCGUGUGUGACGGGACUGGGCACACAGCAGCAUCACCCAGGCACUAAAUCGGGAGGAAAUAAAUGGCUUCUCUUGGAAGGGCAGUUACUCUUCCUACUGAAAGUAGGAAACCAAAACCAAAAACAAGCUUGCAGCCUUUCCUACAGACAGUCGGUCUUGGCCCUUGAAUUUCUAAGACCAGACUCCGCCAAUGCCCCUUUUCCCACUGAUCAGAUACCCAAGGUCGACCAAUUAUUGAUUUAGUCUUUUGAUUUAUGCUUUAAAGUAGGAAGCUCCACAAGCCUUUGGGAGAACUAGUUGGUGCUCAGUCAUUUACAACCGACUGUGGUAUAGCAUCUGUCCUCGUAUGAGGAUUUCUGAGACUGGGAAUCAGAGGACCGGGCCUUGGGGUGGACGAACUGGGCAACAAGGGGGGCUGAGAAAGAGCCCAGGCACAUGGCCUUGGAUAGCUUCCCCUGCUAUGUCUACUUCCUGAGAAGCCCAAUUCCCUCCAGAGACACAUUCCUGGUCCUCUCAGCAGUCGCCUUGCCGAGUCCUCCCACAUGCCCUUAAGGACACCUCCAUUUUCCAGCCCAGCUUGGAAAACAGCUUCUGAUUAAAUGCCCAGCCAAUCUCCUAAGACCACAGAGAUCAUACUAACACCUCUCUAUGAGAUUAGAAUAUGCGACAAGGACUAGGGCUUGCCAGUUGCUGGUGAGAGAGCUUGGGAGAACCUAGAGGGGCAGGUAGAGUGCCGCUUCAUGCCACUUAGACCCAGAAGAGCUUCUUCCUCACAGCCUGGCCUCUGUGAAUUCUCCAAAGAAACAUUAUUUUCCCCAAGAUCUUAAGGCAAUUUCAUGUGUUUCCCUGAGGUUAGUCAUUUGUUGCAGAAAGCCUGCUGUGGGACUAAAGGAUGAGGGACGGAUGUCAGGCAGUGGACGGAGAGCCCUGUGCUAGAGCUGGGAGCAGGAUGGGCCCUGUUCUGGUCGGCCUCCUGGACCCGUGUAGUCAGGUAAAACAGGGAGAUGUAUGGACCGAGGGUGAGGAGCUCAGACCCAGCCAGGACACCAGAUGGAGUGAGUGGGUAGUGAGAGGACAUUUACUGGGAAGGCUGGGCACAGGUGAGACAUGCAUGGUGAGUCACUAACAGACCAUAUCAGCCACUUACAUGUCAGAAAUGUGCAAAGAACCAUGUCCCAACACCAACUAGUCCCUCCCCUCCCAAGAAGCAGAGAGGAGCUGGUACCUCUGCACCCCCAAGGUGACAUCUCCAGAGGCAAGGACCUAGUCCACUAGAAUUUUCAGUUGAAUGAAAUGGAACCACAACUGUCUCAGGAACCUGAGAGGUGUCUGACGGGACCCGUAGAACUCAUGGUGAUAUGAGGCAAAUGUGACUCCCCAACUACUGCCUCCUCUGCUACACAUGCCCCUUCCUCAAGGCAAGACUGACUCCUCUAUCACAGCACCCUGGUGUCUAGCAUGGCACCUGGCCCAUAGCAUGUGCUGAAUACAUGCUGAAGUACAUGGAAUGCCACAAAUCCCUUGACCUCAGUGAACGGACAGGGUGUGAAAAAUUAAGAUGCUCCAAUGCAGAAAGAUGCCUUCAUCUUUUCUCUUAAUGCGUAAGUCAAGGUCCUUUAUGAAAUCAGAUGGAGGAGGAGUAGAAGGGCAGUGGGUAGAAGAUAAUCCUGCAAACAAAUGGGAAAGGUAUAGGAGUUGGGGUGUUGGGAGAGUGACCCUCCCAACUAUGACCAGUGAAAGGAGCCCCUGAGCAAGGAGCAAGGGUUGAUGGGCCUUGAUGAGCCCACUUGCUGUGCCUGUCAGCCAUGGGCAGCAUCCCAACUGAGAGAAAGCCUCCAUCUGUUAGUGACCCCAGCCCUGAGCUGCUCUCCAAUCCCUUCCAUCAGAUUCUCUGCAGAGGAGAUUCAUCAAGGUGAAGCUCAAUUCCCAGUAGACUAAUGAAAAGAGGACAACAGACGUGCCAAGAGCCAAAAUGCAGACGGUGUAUAUUAAUCACAGGCAACAGAAACAUGUCAGCUUUAAUGUCUGCUUGCUUUUAUCUUGAAAUGAAAAUGCAUCUCUGCUGCCCAGACCCUUUUUUCUGAUCAUUUCAGAGCAGAAAUGGGAAAGCCACACACACACACACACCACAAAUGUUGAGGGUUCCUUUCUCCAACAGAAAGAGCUAUCAUUUAUGAGCCCAUAGGUCGUAUCUUUGUGUAAAACCAGAGAACCAACCCCAAGUCUCACCUACAGACUCCAGUCCCUGUGUGGAGAAGGGAGGGAAGGGAUGAGGAGGCAUCUGCCUUUGGGAGAUGAGGGGCUCUGCUUGUGCCUCUGGGUCAGAAAUGAACAUACUGUGCACAUCACCCCUGGACACAAAAGUGCAUUGAUCUUGGUCAAAAUGGAACCCACCCCCACCCCCAAGCUCCCUGUCUCAACUGCAAAGGAGCAUCUGAUAUGUGGGAUUAAGAAUCGGUCAUGUUCAUCGUCACUAGUAAACUUCAAGUGGUAGAAACAAGGUGAAAGCUUUUUGGAGGUCAGGAAAUUAGACUUUCAGAAAAGCAAGAAAAACAUGGAGGUGACUCAGAGUUGGAGAGGGAAUGUGAGGCUGGAAAGGAAUGAGAGUAACCAGAACCCCCCCUCAGCCAGGAAGCCAGAGCACCGCUCCAUCUUGAAAGCUGCAUCUAAGUGUCAGCAGACUUUGGGGUGUGUCUGGUGAUGUGACCACAGAGGUGGUCAAAUCAACUGCUUCUGAAGUCAGAGCUGUAGGAAGAUGAUUUCAGUUCUAAGUGAAAUGGUCAUGAUGGAUCAAGCCACCUGAUUGCUUCCAAGCUGACCUUGGUGGCUUCCAAAACAGGUGUCUGGUGCCCUGAGCUAGACAGGCUUGGGGGGAGAGUGAAGAAAACCAGUUGGUGAGUUUAGAAAAGAAAGUGCAUGUGGAAGUUGGUUGUUUUCAAAGGAAUUUGUAGAUAUUAGAGUUGGUAUGUUAUUGGCACGGACAUUAUAAUGUCGGUAAGGUCAUAUUUGGAGUGACUUGGUGGUGCUUUGUUUGGAAUAUUAGUUAAUGUAUUAAAUAUAAAUUAUUAGAGACAAGUAGGCUAAAGGCAGCGACAUAUAUGUGUCAUGUGCAUAUAUAGUGGAGAAAUAAGAUGUAGAAUGAAGAUGUCAAUGGUCCCAACAAAGUUUAAAUUCUUUAGAAGCACUGGUUUGGAGGGGAUACUUUUUCAUAUUGUCGUUGUCUACUUUUAGCUCUCAAAGCUCCGGGAAUAGUGCCUGGCACAUAAUAGGAGCUUAGUAAGCAUUUGGAAAUUGAAGGCCCGCUUGUCACCACUGGGUAGAUAUUCAAUAGUAUCAUCAGACCCUAAGUUAAGUGAGCCACAGAGAAGCUCGGCCACAUCCCCUCCCCUGAUCAUCAUGACCUGGCUGAGGACAAGCCUCUGUGACUCACAGAUUCGGCGCAGUGUCCAGCCAGCUGUUAGUGAGCAGCGACAGGACCUUGCACACAGUGGGUUCACACCACUUAGACCACACCUGCAUCACACCCCACAAGCUGUUUCUACAGGGAACCGGGCUGAGGGCUUCCCUUCCAUCACCUCUGCCAUUCCCUGGUGAAAUGCUGUUGAGUUUUGCCAACUUCAGGCACAAUUCUGCAACUAAAUGUGAAGGUCCUGAGCUCAGUCAGUCUAACAGGUCCCGUGGAUGCCUCUCUCAGCCCUUACCUUUUCCCCUGUCAGACGCCACCACCAUUUAGAAGUCUUGAUCGGCUGUUGAUCCCCAGCUGCCAACCACAAUGUGUGUGAGAAAGGUCCGAGAUAAGGAGGUAAGCCUUCUCGCUCUGAGGUGUUGAUACUGCAGCAAAGAAGGACCAGCAGCCUCAUUUUGCAGAAUCACCUCCAAACACUGUUACCAUCUGGGCAAUUACUGCCAGUCUGGCCAGAGUGGCUCUGCAGUGGCUGGGGGUGGGCCAGUGUGUACCUAACACGCGUCACAUUUCUGAGUACUUCCACUUCCUCAGAGAGUGAAUCAUUUUAGUCCAGAAAAUGCAUUCAUUUUCCAACUAUACUAGUGUGUGUGUGUGUGUGUGUGUGUGCGUGUGUGGCCAACUCUGGGACAUCUUGUUAGAAGGACUGUCCAUAUUUACGGAAUGUUGACUCUAACUUCAGGAGAGCACUUACCACCUUGUCCCGUGAAAGAGGUUGCCCAGUGCCAGCAGACCACAGAAAAUGCCCUCUCCCUGACCACACCCUCAGCACCCGCCCCUCCCUAGUGAGCUGCCCUGUCCAACUCAGGCUGAUGCAGAGCGAAGGCCGCUAGGAGUGUAUGUACACAAAGAUAUAGGAAGAAAUAACCAUCAUCAUGGGAACCUGCUGGGCUUCUUCCCAUGACUGUGAUCUUACCCUUGUUGGAAUCUCAAACGUUAACUUUCUAACAAUUAAGAUUCUUGCUGUUUCCAAGUAAUUUGUUAAAUGCUAUUCAACACAGAUAUUUAUUUUCAGCCUUGGCUUGUAAAUGCCUACAAACUGAUUCAUGUUGGUGGUCAUUCUGACACUUUCUGUGAAUUGGUGAAUAAAUAUGAUUUUAGAGUUUCACAGUAAA